AAAAAAGGCAGAGUCGAGAGUGGGAGAAGAGCGAAGCGUGUGAGCAGCACUACGGCCUCCUCUCCUCCUAACCUCGCUCUCGCGGCCUGCCUUUACCCGCCCGCCUGCUCGGCGCCCAGAACACCUUCCACCAUGACCACCUCAGCAAGUUCCCACUUAAAUAAAGGCAUCAAGCAGGUGUACAUGUCCCUGCCUCAGGGUGAGAAAGUCCAGGCCAUGUAUAUCUGGAUCGAUGGUACUGGAGAAGGACUGCGCUGCAAGACCCGGACCCUGGACAGUGAGCCCAAGUGUGUGGAAGAGUUGCCUGAGUGGAAUUUCGAUGGCUCUAGUACUUUACAGUCUGAAGGUUCCAACAGUGACAUGUAUCUCGUGCCUGCUGCCAUGUUUCGGGUGGUGUUGUGUGAAGUUUUCAAGUACAAUCGAAGGCCUGCAGAGACCAAUUUGAGGCACACCUGUAAACGGAUAAUGGACAUGGUGAGCAACCAGCACCCCUGGUUUGGCAUGGAGCAGGAAUAUACCCUCAUGGGGACAGAUGGGCACCCCUUUGGUUGGCCUUCCAAUGGCUUCCCGGGGCCCCAGGGUCCAUAUUACUGUGGUGUGGGAGCAGACAGAGCCUAUGGCAGGGACAUCGUGGAGGCCCAUUACCAGGCCUGCUUGUAUGCUGGAGUCAAGAUUGCGGGGACUAAUGCCGAGGUCAUGCCUGCCCAGUGGGAAUUUCAAAUUGGACCUUGUGAAGGAAUCAGCAUGGGAGAUCAUCUCUGGGUGGCCCGUUUCAUCUUGCAUCGUGUGUGUGAAGACUUUGGAGUGAUAGCAACCUUUGAUCCUAAGCCCAUUCCUGGGAACUGGAAUGGUGCAGGCUGCCAUACCAACUUCAGCACCAAGGCCAUGCGGGAGGAGAAUGGUCUGAAGUACAUCGAGGAGGCCAUUGAGAAACUAAGCAAGCGGCACCAGUACCACAUCCGCGCCUAUGAUCCCAAGGGAGGCCUGGACAAUGCCCGACGCCUAACUGGAUUCCAUGAAACCUCCAACAUCAACGACUUUUCUGCUGGUGUAGCCAAUCGUAGCGCCAGCAUACGCAUUCCCCGGACUGUUGGCCAGGAGAAGAAGGGUUACUUUGAAGACCGUCGCCCCUCUGCCAACUGUGACCCCUUUUCGGUGACAGAAGCCCUCAUCCGCACGUGUCUUCUCAAUGAAACCGGCGAUGAGCCCUUCCAGUACAAAAACUAAGUGGACUAGACCUCUAGCUGUCAAGCCCCUCCUAGUUCUUCAUCCCACUCCAACUCUUCCCCCUCUCCCAGUUGUCCCAAUUGUAACUCAAAGGGUGGAAUAUUAAGGUCGUUUUUUUCAUUCCUUGUGCCCAGUUAAUCUUGCUUUCUUUGUUUGGCUGGGAUAGAGAUGGGUCAAGUUAUUAAUUUCUUCACACCUACCCUCCUUUUUUUCCCUAUCACUGAAGCUUUUUAGUGCAUUAGUGGGGAAGAGGGUGGGGAAACAUAACCACUGCUUCCAUUUAAUGGGGUGCACCUGUCCAAUAGGCAUAGCUAUCCGGACAGAACACGUUUGCAGGAGGGGGACUUUUCUUCGAGGUGGCUGAAAGGGGAAGACCUGACUUCCUCUGGUUAGGUUAGGACUUGCCCUUGUGGUGGAAACUUUUCUUAAGAAGUUAUAACCAACUUUUCUAUUAAAAGUGGGAAUUAGGAGAGAAGGUAGGGGUUGGGAAUCAGAGAGAAUGGCUUUGGUCUCUUGCUUGUGGGACUAGCCUGGCUUGGGACUAAAUGCCCUGCUCUGAACACGAAGCUCAGUAUAAACUGAUGGAUAUCCCUACCUUGAAAGAAGAAAAGGUUCAUGUUGCUUGGUCCUUGAUUUAUCACACAAA